GCCACUAUCAAUCGAUCAGCGAAUGGAAGAUGGUGGUGAAUCGAGUCUGUGUGGCUAGAUCGAUCACCGAAAAACUCGAUUGAAGGAAUUCAACGGAUUGUGGGGAAAUAGUACAAAACAACACCAUAACAAGCGUUUGGAGCGGGGAACUCAGCGAUUCUCAAGAGGAUGGACUUUCCCUGGCACAGUAGCAAGGUUUUGGAGCAGCUCAACCACCAGCGCCAGCUGGGCCUGCUGUGUGACUGUACCUUCGUGGUGGACGGGGUGGACUUCAAGGCCCACAAGGCUGUGCUGGCUGCCUGCAGCGCCUACUUCCACACCCUCUUCCUGGACCAGAAGGAUGUGGUGCACCUGGAUAUCAGCAAUGCAGCAGGUCUGGGCCAAGUCCUUGAGUUCAUGUACACGGCCAAGCUGAGUCUGAGUUCUCAGAAUGUGGAAGAUGUGGUGGCAGUGGCCACGUUCCUUCAGAUGCAGGAGAUAGUCAAUGCCUGCUCUGCCUACCAGUCUCUGGCAGUCUCCACAACAUCCCAGACAAUACAAGACUUCAAUGCCAACAAGAUUGAGGAAGGAGAGCAGAACAUGGAGAAGGAGCCAUCGGAGACAAGGUCACAUGACGAGGAGAUUCUAAAAACCUCAGCAGAGGACGGAGGGUAUAAGGGUGUUCAGGAGGACCCGAACGAGACCACCCCAGACGAUGGACAGAUCGACAGUAAGACCCCCGACAAACCCACCCCACAGACCCCGGGGAGAGGAAGAACCCCCAAAACCUCCACCCCACCAAGAAAAGCCGCAGCAGAGAGAGCGGAGAUGGAGGUGGAGAACCCUGCUAAAGAUGUGCCUGAGUUUCAGGAUGACCCCUCGGAUGCGGACUACACGCCCAAGUUUCCAUUCAAGUCUGCAGCCGGUAGGUCUUACAUGAGUACCAGGAGAAUAAGGACAAGGAGAGCUCCUCGUCGCAACCACUCACAGGAUAAUGACUCCGAUGAGGGGAACAGCGCAUCAAAGACGGUAAAUGAAGAGAAAGAGGUUGAAGAGGGUGAGAUGGAGGAGGAUGAAGAAGAAGAGGAGGAUGAUGAGGGAGAGGGAGAAGAUGGCCAGGGGACGGAGAGCGGAGAGGAGAGGAAGCAGCUACAGUCAGGUGCCAUCACUGACCGCACCGAGUCACGGUCCUACGGCUCUGUGACGCACAAGUGUGAGGACUGUGGAAAGAAGUUCACCCACACGGGUAACUUCAAAAGACACAUCCGCAUUCACACAGGAGAGAAACCUUUCAGCUGCCGUGACUGCCACAAGGCCUUCUCAGAUCCGGCUGCCUGCAAGGCUCACGAGAAAACACACAGCCCCCUGAAACCCUACUGCUGCUCCUCGUGUGGGAAGUGCUACCGGCAGAUCAGCCUGCUCAACCUGCACCGGAAAAGGCACACAGGUGAGGCCCGAUACAGCUGCAAGGACUGCGGCAAGCUCUUCACCACGUCUGGCAACCUGAAGCGCCACAUUCUGGUGCACAGCGGCGAGAAGCCAUAUCACUGCGGCUACUGCGACCGGGCCUUCUCCGACCCCACCGCUAAGAUGCGCCACCUGGAGACCCACAACGCCGACAAGGGCCACAGGUGUCCACACUGCGAUAAGCGGUUCAACCAGACUGGAAAUCUAAAGGCUCACCUGAAGAUCCACAUCACAGACGGCCCUCUGAAGUGCAAAGAGUGUGGCAAACAGUUCACCACCUCCGGGAACUUGAAGAGACACCUGCGCGUGCACAGUGGGGAGAAGCCCUAUAUCUGUAUGCACUGCCAGAGAGCUUUCGCUGACCCAGGGGCACUGCAGAGACACGAGCGCAUACACACGGGGGAGAAGCCAUGUCUGUGUCUGAUCUGUGGGAAGGGGUUCACCCAGGCCAGUUCACUCAUCGCUCAUGUCCGCCAGCACACCGGAGAGAAGCCGUAUGUCUGCGACCGCUGUGGCAAAAGGUUUGUCCAGUCCAGUCAGCUGGCCAAUCACAUCCGUCACCAUGAUAACAUCCGGCCACACAAGUGUCACAUCUGCAAAAAGGCGUUUGUCAAUGUCGGGGAUCUCUCCAAGCAUAUUGUCAUUCACACAGGAGAGAAGCCCUUCCUGUGUGACAAGUGCGGUCGCGGGUUCAACCGUGUCGACAAUCUGCGCUCCCAUGUAAAGACCGUACACCAGGGUAAGGCUGGGAUGAAGCGCCUGGUGGUUGCCGGGGGUGACAGCGACGACGGGGGUGACGGGUUCCACGGCGGGUCGGCCUCAGAGAUGGACGAAAAUGAGAUCAACAUAGUCACUGUCACCACCGAGGACAUCGUCACCCUGGCGACGGAGGCCCUUGCUGGCAGCACCGUGUCCCAGCUGACAGUGGUGCCUGUGGCUGCAUCACUAUCAGCAGACGAGACAGAGGCUCUGAAAGCUGAGAUCACGAAGGCUGUGGAGAAGGUGCAGGAAGCAGACCCCAACACUCAGAUCCUGUAUGGAUGCGACUCAUGCGGUGACAAGUUCCUGGACGCCAGCUCACUGGCCCAACAUGUGCGAAUCCACACGGCCCAGGCCCUGGUCAUGUUCCAGGCCGACUCUGACUUCUACCAGCAGUACACCACUGCUGCAGCUGCCACCGCCGGGGGAGAAGUUGUUACCACAACCUGGCAACCCACUUCCGAGCAGGUCAUCCAGGGAGGGGAGCUCGUCUUCCACACCCGCGAGGCCGAGGCGGAGGGGGAUGAGGUGACUCAUGAGGAGGGAGGAGAGGGAGAGGUGGUGGCCCAAGCUGACCCCCAGCCAGAGGGGAAAGAUGAGGCUGUGACAGAGGGAUAAGGAGAAGAGAUGAAGUGUGGAAUAUGCAGUGAUGUUGCACUCAAGAAUAAGAAUAAAAUGCAAAGCAGUCAAGACCAUACUGGGGUCUAACUAUACCUUAUACGAAGCUGCCUGUCAGUCUCUGGGACUAGAGUCUCUGCAUCAGUGACAUGAACAUCUGUGUCCAAAGUUUGGGAAGAAGCUGUUUGGCUUGUUUUUUGGACAUUGUAUAAAGUAAAAAAAAAAAAUGUUUAAAUAGCCUAUUUAUGCAAUACGCAUUGCAUUAGGCCUAGCUGUGUGUUUUACCUUGAAAAUAUGCGUUUAGAGUUAACUAAGUUCGUUAUUUGGUGUGUGGCCCGCGAUGCACACUGAAAUUGUCAAUGUGGCCCCCCGGUGAAAAAUAUUGCCCACCCCCCCGCUUUAGAACAUUCAAACUGGAGACCUUUGAAUGUGGGGGUCGGCAACAAGCAACAGCAAUAUCUUUUGGCCUCCCAAAGCCCCCCCAUAUUAUUAUUUUUAAUGCAAAAUGUCCCAAAAGUAAUGUCCCAAGAAGGAAGUUAACUCAUCUAAAUAAUGCAUGUUAUUUUAACUGUAGACAGCCAACUAAAAAGGCAAGUGGGAAGACAGCUUUGGAGUGCUGAAACUUGAAGCAGUGGCCGUGACAUAAUCAGAGGUGGACAGCAAAUGGUGCUGAAUCUAAUUCGAGUAGCCUAAUUAAUUUCAACAAUUGUCUUCAUUAGAAUUAGACUUCACUAACAACAAGAGGUCUUUGUUGGAGCCUAUGUCUUCCUAUUUAAAAAAGAGGUAUGCUAUCUGACACUUCAGUUGUAAUUAAUUAAUUGAAAUAAGAGUAGAUUACAUUGUGGGGACUGGGCAGGUGAUCAAUGUGGGGACCCAAGAGGAAACUCCUUAUUUGGGUAUCAACAGGAAGUCCCAUCUGGGGACCAAGUUCCCACCAACUAGUGCCAUCUGGGGACUAACUAGUGUAGGCUAUUGUUUAGGGGCACAAGGGGAAAGAUGGAUUGUAAUCUAGAUAACUGGCAAAGUUUGUAUUGGUAGUUGAAGCCCCUCAGUUAUUUUGGGUCGUAUAAAAUAAGGAGAUAUAGCUUUUCAUUAACAAUAUGAUUUUAAGUUAAUGUAUUUAUCCAGCUCAACUUCAAGAAAGAACCUGAAAAAAUGUACUUCAAAUGCCAGCAAGACACUGAGAAAGCUCUGGACACAACCAGACCAAGUCAGUUCAGUGCUCUGAGCUUUGUCAAUCAGCGGCCACUAAACUAAAUCAACCAGCAGAGGUCACCCACCUGAUCCAGACAGCAAUCAAGGUAAUGGGUGUGAGUUAGCACCAUCCCUUCAGACUGUCUAUGAACAGACAGAGACGAAAGAAGAAACUGAGACACUCCAGUCAUACAUUAUUUUUGGGUUGGGGCGGGGCCAUGAUCUGGUCUGCUUAUUUUCCCUGCCCCACAGAAAAGGUGCCCUUGUCAAGGGAACCUCUGCGGGGCGGGAUAUCUUUGUUAUCCAUAAUCUUUGAAACAAUCAUGAGACAGGCCAAUCAAAUCAUCCCAGACUCAUCCCAUAUACUCCACCCAGAGUUCCAUACGGUUCUUCUAUGGACAGUUAAAAGACCAGUAUUCAUUCAUUAGUAUUUGAUUUUCUGUUUGUUUCUUUAAAUAGAAGUAAGCAGACGAAGUCAUGUGGACACAAAAUUGGUAAAUCUAGGAAGUCUAGAUAUUAUUGUUACGUAUUCGGUACAUAAUAUAGAGAAUGCAAACAAAUACUGCAUUCAACUAAUCUGUGCACAAUUCAAAGUUGCUUAAUUUGGCUACAAUUUGUUAAUCAAAGUUGAUUUAAUGAACUUGCUGGUGGUCCAAUAUGAUGCGUCAGCUUGCCUGCCUGUCGUCCUUCUGCUUGUCAGUCAGUUUAGCUGCGACUACAGCUGACCAGUGGUUCCUACAGAUUGCCUUCUUGUUAUGCUAUUCAUGUACUCGAAGAUAGAACUCUAGGAAACCUUGAAAAUAACUGCAGUAGUGAAUAACACAUGGUAAAGUUAAAAGAAAGCCAUCAUGUUUAUUUGUACAACAGUUCUUGGCCUACAUUUCACGAGUGCAUAAAAUGUCUUGCGUCGCAGAGGUGCCAGGCUAUGGGUGUAGCCUAUACUCUCGUAUAUUCUUUACAGCAAAUGUACUGCAAAAUUCAGACAAAUACAUCAGUCUACACCAUUUAGGAAGAAAAAGUUGUGACCAAGAUGUUUGAUUUAGUUAUGAAUUAGAUUAGACAUUAUUAUUAGUAUCUUUGGUAGAGCACGCAUGCCUUGCCUCGCUCCGUCCGACAGUUCAUCAAAGUAACAAAGUAAUAUAACGUUACUUUCUAUGCAAAGUAAUAUUGUAACAUAACGCAUUACUUUAGUUACAUGUUCAAGUAACUAAUCACAACACUGCCUAGGACUAAAUACCCUUAAAAAAAAAAAUACAUGUUUGAUAAAUAAACAAUCUGCAAAUUAUGAACUUUUACAUUAUUGGGGGUAAUUGUGUGAAUAUUAAACAUUGUACAUAAUA